UGCUCAUUGUGAUUAAAACAUUUGUGUUUAACAUUAAAUUUGUGUAAAUUGAAAAGUGUGUUUGGCAUGUCUGUUUUGCUGGCAGAUAUUGAUGCCACCUGCGCUGCGCUUGGCGUUAGCGAUGGAAGCCGCUACCAAGCGGAGCCCGAUGCUGCCGAGGGACUGAAACAUCUCAUUUGGAUAUUGCGUCGUGAUCUGGACAAUCAUGAGUAUCGUCGUCACCUGGGACGCGCCAAAGUGUUGCAAACGGAUUUGGUCUACAUGCUGCCUGACUAUGUGCAAAAUGAGGAGUUGUCUGAUCUGCUGAUUCGCCUGUUGGUCAUAUUGACAAACCCCACGUUGUUGCUGUAUCGCGACGGACCGCCCAAUGAUAAUCAUGGACGCAAGGUAUUCCUCGAGUUGAUCGACAUACUGCAGGGCUACAAAGCGGCGUUUGCCAAGGAUAAAAUCUGGACAGCUUUGUUUGAAAAACUAAAGCAAGCUCUGGAAAUAGCCUUUGCCAUACGCAGCGAGGAGCAGAAUCUGCUGAUUGAACGUAUCCUGGUGCUGGUGCGCAAUGUUCUGCAAGUGCCAGCCAAUCCGGAGGCGGAAUGUCGAGCGGACAACGAUGCCAGUUUGCAUGAUCAGGUUAUUUGGGCGCUUCAUCAAACGGGCAUGUUGGAUCUGGUGCUGUUUAUUGUCUCCUCACCGGAUGAGGAACAAUUUCAUCUGCACGGACUGGAAAUCAUAUGUCUACUAUAUCGCGAACAGAAUGCCGAGUCCCUGGCGGAUGCUUCACUGCAGCGCAGUCUCAGCGAGAAGCAGCGCGAUCAACAGGAACUCCUGGCUGCACGUCGUCGUGAGAAUGCUCGCCGUCAGGCUCGUCCUCCGUCCGGUCGGCAUUCGCGCUUCGGCGGCACUUAUGUCAUACGUAACAUGAAAUCCGUGUCUGAUCGUGAUAUUAUCUGCCAUCAGGCACUGCAGCGUGUGUCUGCUAUUGAUUUUGAUCGUGAAAAGCAGGCGCAGAAACGAUCCCAUCGUCACAUAAAGGAGGAAGCGCAGGUGACGAGACGUAGCGCCUUUACUGUCAGAUUGUGCCUGCGCGAAUAUUGCAUUGAGGUGCUGCGCUCCGCUUACAAUACGCUCGUGCGGCAGGUGCGGCGUGUCCUGGAACGUAAUGCUGGCUCGUCGAGUCACGAUGACUCCUAUCUAUUGUGGGCCAUACGAUUUUUCAUGGAGUUCAAUCGUUUGAGUGGUCUACAAUUGCAGCUAGUCAGCGAGUCGCUGAGCGUGCAAUGUUUCCACUGGGUUCUGACGCGCAUGCAACAUGACAUGGACAUGAUUCAAUGCGACAAGAAACAGGCGCGUCUCUGGGCCAAGCGCCUUCAUGUGGCUCUCCUGACAUUCCGCGAAUUGCUGCAGAGUUUGCUGGGACUACAGAAACUAAAGGAUGAUGAUAACGCACGUGGCCUUUUUGAUAUGCUAUUGAACAAUGUAUGCUAUGUGCUAGAGUAUCGGGAGACAAUACUGCAUUUGUUAAUGAACUACAAUGAGGCACAUAGCACAAAGGUCUUUUUGCGUGAUGUUGUGGAAACAGCAAAUUUAUUUAUUAAAAUGAUGGAACGCUUCUGCCAGGAUGCGGUUGUUGUGCAGGACAAACGACGAGCUGGCGGUGGCAAGCGCGGUGGCAAGAAGCAACAUCCAGCGACCAAGUCAAAGCCAACGCAGCCGACGGAGGAAGAGUUAUCGAGCAAGUGGGCCGAAAUGGCAUCGGAAGUAAGUCUGCUCUUAGCCACAGAGUUGCAAUUACCGGAACACGAACAGCCUUUACCAUUUGACGCAGCUUCCGAGAAGUCCAUCGAUGAUCAACGUGAAGAUUGUAUGACGCACAUUAAUAAAUUCCUGCGCAGUGGAAAAUUGGAACAUGGAAUUUCCUUGCUAAGAUCCGCCAGGGAGGUCUGGCCAGAGGAUGAUGUAUUCGGUUCAAUUACCGCUGCACCUGAAGAUGAAUUGUUGCUUUUGCGUGAGAUUUUUAUGCACAACAUUACAACAGUGGAUGCCGCUGACAAGCCGAAUGAAGAUGACAAUGGGCAUGAAGACCAAGAUGCUGAUGAGGAUAUGUCAAACGAGGAGUUUGAGGAGAAAGAUAAUGGACUGACAGAGAAAACGUUCAAAUUUGAGGAUUUCGCUCGCAGAUUGCUGCAUCCAAAAAUUGUGCGCGCCUGCACCCUGGUGCUGACUGACUGGACGCAGAUACCAACAAAGGCGCUAAAAGCGGCUGUUACCAUUCUGCAUCGCAUUGCCUACGGCUGCUCCUGCCCUGGCAUGCUCUACCAGGCCCAGCUGUUUCGCAUCUUUCAACAAGUCUUCAGCGUGGAACGUGACAGCCAUCAGGAGGAGCUGCGUCGUCUGGGCAUCUAUGUGCUGCGCAAAUUUGUCGAAGUAGCACCAACUAAUCCAAAAAUAUAUGCAGAGUUAUUAUUUUACAAAGGCAUCCGGGAGGCAAAUGAGCUGGAGACCGGCUAUUGUGAUGCCUACGAGACCGGCACCAAAGGCGCUUGGACCGAGGAACAGGAGGUGGAGUUGCGUUUCCUAUUCGAGGAGAAUCAGCGGAAUCCAGAAACCGAUAAGGAUGUGAUUGAUUGGAUUUUGGACAAUUUGGUAGACAAGACACGCACACGACGCGGCAUACUAAAGAAACUCAAGGACAUGGACAUACACUUCAAGGCGCCAACCAAACGCUCCACCAAAGCGGCACAGGCUGGCAAAAACCUUUGGCAGCCGGAAGAGGAUGAGGAGUUAAGCAGCUUAUACGAUCAGCAUCGCUCGGAACCAGAUUGUCUAGAACGUAUUGUGGAGUCAUUUGGAGAGCGUCGCAACAAACAGCAGAUCAUCAAACGCAUGUUGCAGAUUCAUUUGAUUGCAGACAAGUCAGAGAUUCUGCCCGCGAAAAUGAAGAAGAGUAAAGGAAAACCCAGAAAGCAACAGGACAGCGAUAACGAAAGCGAAAACGAGGAUAACAUGGAAGAGCCGACAUUUGAAAAUAUGGUACCUAAGCAAAAGAGUGCCAAAGCCAAGUCACGUCAGAUCGUAAGGACGCCUCUGGAUAGAGGCACAGUGCGCGCCUUGAUAGCUCAGGUGGACACGGAUAAGUAUCAACAGGCUCUAGACUGGCUGAAGGAAAGCCUAGAAGAUGCCAGCGAGGACACUGAGGAUGUGGCUGAGGAUGAUGAUGGUGUGCCGCUUCUGCCGCUGCUAGAGGUGCAAAAGGAGGCCAUGGAGCAGAGUGAAUUCCAGAAGAUGCUCGUUGCACUGGGCAUGCAACCGCCCAUCGCAGGCAUGGAGAACUAUUGGCGCAUACCAACCUAUCUGAAUGCGGCGGAUCUCAAGUUGCGCGCCAAAAUUGUAGGAGGCGAGGAAGUGGAGGAAGACAAUGAAAGCGAGGAGGAGCCACAGCCAGCUGCCCACUGGGAAGAAGACGAUGAGGAGGAGGAGGAGGAUUAUCUGGACAAGCACAGCAGACAGCGACAACAGGCCGCAGCCGCAGCCGGCAAUAUAACGGCUGAGCAGCAGCGCAAACUGAACAGUCUCAUGUACAGCAAAAGCGACGACGAAGCGGAACAACGACAGCCACCGACUAAAGCCGGCGUCAGCAAGGACAAGGGAAAACGACAGCGCAGGAACAAAGCUAAGCGGCAAGAAAAGGACUCGGCGGAUGAGCAGGAAGUAAAUGAAAUAGCGCGCAAAUUGGCACGCAAAAAGCGACAGCCCGAUGUGUCCAGCGAGGACGAGUCGGAGCCUGAGCCAGAGCAGGAGUCGGAGCAGAAAUCAGAGCAACCCAGCAAGCCCAACACGGAUGAUUUAUUUGAACAAUUGAAAGCUAAACGCGCCACUAAAAUCAAAUUGAACGAUAUGGUUUUGAGUGAGUCUGCCAAGGCAGACACUGCUGCGGAUGAGCAGGACGAUGAUGCAUUUAACUUCAACUCGCAAGACUAUCGAGCACGGCUGCUGGAGCUGGAGGAGGCUGAUGGAAAUUCGGAGAGGGAUGUUGAAGAGCAAGAAGAAUCAGUCUCGCUGCUAGAUCAUGACAAAGAGAAUGCUAUAUUGCAGGCAAAUAACACAAUCAAGACAUCCUUGUCGUCCUUGUCGUCCCUGCAGCGCACACGUCGUGCUAAUGUAAUUGACUCGGAUAGCGACAACGACGAUGAUGUUGGCGCCAUGCCACCCAACAAGGCAAACAAACGCCCACGCAGUGACAAUGAGCAAGAUGGUCAACAGGAUGAGCCAGAGGAUACCGACGAUGAGGAUAUCAACUUUCUGGCACGCAAAAAGCCAGUCACCACUGAGCCGGCCAAGCGACGUCGCGUGGCCAUCAUCGAUGAUGACGACGAGGAUGAUUUCUAGUAUAUAAUUUAGUUAUAUCUUUAAUUUUUAACAGCUACUAAACAAAUGUCACUUUGAAAACUAAUUGAAUUAUUAUAGCGAUUUAAUACAAACUUUAUAGAAAGACAAUGAGAUAUUUGCCUUUACGUUUUAAAAUUUAUUUAAAAU